AUGUCUAAACAGGAACCUGAAGAGGGCAAGGUCACCUUCAAAAUAGUACUCGCAUCAGACUCUAGGCAGCCGUUCAAGGUACUUUCUGUCCCAGAAUCUACUCCCUUUUCUGCUGUUAUUAAGUUUUCGGCCCAAGAAUUCAAGGUGAAUCCUGAAACCUGUGCUUGUAUCACGGCAGAUGGCAUUGGUGUUAAUCCAUCACAGACUGCCACUGCUGUUUUUCUUAAGUAUGGAAGCAAUCUUAGGUUGAUUCCUAGGGACCGUGUUGGUUAG